UUAAUCCGCUCGAAGCACACGGACACUGUUUUUGACAAAGGAGACAAUGCCCUGAUGUAUUUGCUGUUGCAGAUCUCACGCAGAUCUCAUGCAGACUACUGCGAUCGCUUUUUUGUUUAGGUACAACACAUUUUUCCCCGUUUUUUUAACGUAAAUGACAUUUUGCAUUUAAAACCUCAUGCUAUGUAGGGAGCCCGUUUACGCACGGUCAAUUUAAGCGCCUUUAAUGUAGAUGCGGGGAUAGCGUUGCCUCCUCUCAGGUGGUUUUUACUCGCAGCGCAGCAGCGGCAGCCUGACCGGGGUUGGCUUCCAGCCGGAGGGAUGGUGGCGGAGAUGGCGACCUAUGGAGCAACGUGUCACCUGGAAAACGGAUAACCUGUUGGAGGGCGACAGUAGCAGUUCAGAGACUACUGGAACGUCCACUGAGGACAGCUCAGAGGAGGAGGAGAAUGAAGAAGAAGAAGUGGAGGUGGAAGAGAAUGCUGAAGGUGGUGCUGAAGAUGAUGGAAAGGAAGGAGGAAAUUCUGGAUUUGAAGGGGCAGGUGCUGAACCUCAGGCAGCAGCUGUAAAUGGUAGAGAUGCACGACUUAUGUUAUGCUGUGAAAAAUGCAAAGCCGUCCAUCAGACCCACGGCACAGAGCUCAUUACUCCUCAGAGGAUGUCAAGGGGACGUUUCCAGUUGCAGUUGGAAGCAGAAGGCACAUACGAGUGUUCGGUCACCGGUCUGGUUUUUGAAGCAAGCGAGCGGGUUCUGGUGCGGUAUUCCAUCCUAUCUUGGUCCAAGUUCGGCUCAUUCCUGCCUGACUCCUGGAAAUUCGCUGGGCCAAUAUUCAACGUCAACACAGACAACAAGGAUGCGUCUGUCCUUACCUCUAUCCAAUUCCCCCACUCCAUCUGCUUAGCCCAUCCAGAUGAGGACCUGAAAUUCAGCGUCCUGCACAUUAAGGGUAAUCGUCCACUCAUUGAGCCGACCUCAGACCACUCGGGAAGCCACGUGAAGUGGAACGUGACGUCCCUGUCACCUGUGGGCCCCAUCAUUCAGAAGACGGGGUCUGUGGAGCACCACGGGGUGGUGCUGGUCUACAAGCAGCUUGGCAGCGACACCAACAACUAUAGCUUCCACGUCUACCUAGCUACAAACAGCUCAUCCGACAUUAAAGAUAUUGCCAAACAAGUUCGGGGCUACAAGAAUCGGUACGUCAAGAUUGAUAAACCUCCCACGUGUAAAUUGGAGGAGGGGACGUAUCGCCUUGUGAGCCAGCCAGAGGGAGACAUCAAACCUGAGGAGCUAAAGUUCACAAACGCUGUGACCAAGAUGAAAGGCUACUUUGAAGCCUUCUUUGAGGAGCAACCUCCUUUUAACUUGUCUCUAAUAGAGAUUAACACGGAUGAAACUGUCUGGUCUGCCACCAUCAGAGAAGGUGACUGUGUUUCAGAAAAAAAGCCAAGGAAAAGGACGAACUGUACGCUUCUUCCCGUUUUCACUGGCAGACAAAGAAGCAGCAGCCCCUCAGAGGAAGAAACUGCCUCUAAAAGGCCUAAAUGGCAGGACGAGUCAGAUGGAGUAAAAGCAGGAAGGACUCAGGGCCAGGACUUGUCAGAGAAGCAGCUCAUAAAUGUCGCCCAGCAACUUGGGGCGGAGUGGAAACAGGUGGCCAUCUAUCUGGACUUAGAGUCCAAGGAUGUGGAUGACAUUAAGGAAACAGAAAACUGCGUGACCAUGCAGAAGCUGAAAAUGCUGGUGAAGUGGAAGACGAGUCAUUCAGGAAAAGCUACGGCAUACCAUUUGUGGGAGAGCUUGAAGGAUCUGAACUUCUUGCCAAACGAGGUUCGUCAGAUGCUGAAAGAUAUGAUGGACAACCCAGCUGCUAAAUAAAGCAGAUGUGUGCCCAACAAACGGAAAUGUGUUGCUCCAUCAAAUGGAUGCAACAAGGAUAUCAGGUGUUCUGAGACGAAGAAGAGUCGACCUGUGGAAUAAACAUAAACAUUUCCCUUUUUGUUUCCUGGACGUGAAAUAGAGAUUUAUUUUUAAGUCUGCGUGUAAAUACAUUCAGAUAUGGGCCUUUGUUUUCUGUAAGGAGUACAGACUAAUGAAGGUGUUUUUAUGGUACCCUGUUUAAGAAUGGCAGAUGGGUCAUUGAGAAGUUUGGUAGCUAAUUAUGUAGCCCGUCGCAAGUGAAAGUCUUGGUGCUUCAACUGCAAAAAUCAGGAAAAAUUCUGUGCGUAUAAUGUUUUAGUUUAUGUAAAACCUUGAGGAAUAUUUUCUAAGGAUAAUCAGGCAUUAGAACAGAUCUGUGUGUCUGUUUUAAGAUUUACAGACUGAGUUAUGGAAUUAUUUUGAGUCUUAGAAGCUUUUAUACUCAUGUACAUCCUGUCCUGUACAUAUCAUUUUAUUUUUUUAGCUAACAUUUUUUUUUCAGAGGUAUGAUUUAUUUUUAUCCAUCUAUUUUGACUGUAUGUUUAUCAAUGUUUUAUUUUAUUUUUCUAUGACUGUUAGAAACUAUACAGAAAUGCAACAGGUCCAAAAUGUUAUGUUUUAAUGUGGUUCAGGAAUGAUUUCCUGUCAUCCUCAGAUGAGAACGCACAUAUUGUGUUUGGAAAGUUUAAACUAAUUUGUCUAUUUCAGGUGGGCACUGUCAAAAAAAAAAAAAAAAACUCUUUCACAUUUUUGGAUUUUAAAGCUGGAUUUGAGUUUUCUGCUUGUGUGAGGGCAGCUGAAAAUCUGCAAAUAUUUUUCUGAAUAUGCUUUUAGAAAUUAGUUGCACAGAUUUCGAACCACUGAGAUCAGAUAAACAAACUUAACUGUAAACAACCUUUCAGUUACAUGACUUGAAAUAUUACAGUUCUCCAAUAUGUAGACACUAUUAGAAAAUAGCUGAAUCAGCCAUAUUUUUAACACUGAAUCUUUUGUUAUCUUCCAUCCAGAUAUGUUAACAUUCAGAGAAGCAGCUUUAAAUAAUUUACAGCUGAUUUUCUCAUUUGUCCUUCUUGUUUUUGUCAGGUCUGAGACCCUCAAAAAUUAUUGGAGUUAAAGUGAAUAAAACAACAUGAGAUUGAUUUGUUUUAAUUUAUUAUGUUUUUUGUGUAAUUACAAAGCUGUUUCCAAAAGAAAAUUGGAAAAUGUACUAAAAGAGAAAUCAAAAAAGUUGUUGCACUUUUGAAAGAAAUGUGAAACAUACAAUAAAUAUUAAAAACGAAUGAAAUGUUA